GAGAACAAAGUGCAUUCGUCCAAAUUAAAUGGUGUAUGAGGAUUCUCAAGUCAUUCUUAUAAGCUACAAGAUACUCUAUUUAUGAGAAACCAUAUACUCUGCUCACUCCACCUCAUCUUGAAUAGGAUAUUUGCAUAAGCAGAUCAAAAAAUUAAAUCAAGAUUUAAAAGUUCGCGACGGGAAACCAAAUUUUUCUCUCUCUCUCUAUCUCUCUCUCUAUCUCUCUUUUUCUCUUUAGUCAUGAGCUUCUGGAAAGCGAUAUGGCAAUAAAAGAAGUAUCGAAUUCAACAAACGCUUUGUCUUAUUUCUCUCAAAAAUCAACUACAGGACAUUUAGUGGCUAAAAAUGCUUCUGCACUCUCUACUUCACGCUCCACAUCGUCAUUGCCCAACUUGGUCAACUUCAAUAGCGCAUCUGCCUUGACCAAUAUUCACAAAAAACAACCUGUAAUUGUCCGUCGUGGUCGCAGUCAACAAACAACGCGAGUAUCGAAUGAAAGUAAAGAACAGCCGAAAAAGCCAAUUAGUACUAAACGAAGACAUUCAUUUAGUAGUUUUUUAACUGUUAAGUUUGGAAAGAAGACAAGUAUGGACGAAACUAUUAUUGAAUAUAAGCGGACAGCUACCUCGAUAGCCAAUAACAUCAUUACCUUUUCAAACCCCACUAUCACAGGAAGAGUGCCAUCUGUUCAAUUUCAAUCAGGUAAAAAAGGACAUCGACCUAGGUCUUAUUCAGAACUUCCAUAUAAUCUACCUCCUGUCGAAAGAGCCCCUCCAGUAGCAACAACCAACAAGACACCUGCCUAUGAAUACUAUGGAUUUGUCAUGUAUUUAUCUUCUUUUGUAGCAUUUGGCAUCUAUUUAAUAUGGGCCUAUGUGCCAGAUCAAAUUUUGCAUCGACUAGGCAUUACUUAUUAUCCAAGUCGAUAUUGGGCAUUAGCCAUUCCCAUUUGGCUUAUGACAUUUGUAUGGUUUAUUUUCCUUUCUUUCAUGGCUGUAAAUUUAAUGAAUACACCCUCUUUUGAUUCUCUUUAUUGUAUUACUGAUGAGCAUGCUAAUUUGAUGUGUAUGGAUAAGGAAAUGAUAUCUGAUCGUCCAUCUGAUUGGAUGCCUGAACUUCAUGACAUACCCAUUGGUCUUGUAAAUAUGCUUCUCUAUCAAGAAGAACCCUAUAUGAUACCUACACAAAUGAACAAGGGUACAAAAGAUGAUUUGGUGCGCCAUAAAACUAGACUAAAUCAGACCAAAUUUGUACCAAAGAAAAAAUAAAGAUAUAGAUAGCAAAAGAUCUAAUCAAAAAAGAAAGAGAUCAUUACAGCAAAUGGUUUUCAUCAGAUAGUCAUUUUGUGAUUAAACAGCAGGAAUCAACAUUGUAGUAUAUACUCAACUCUCUUUGGCAACC